GUACACACAAGAACCAGGCAGAACGUGAUAAAGGCAUUGUACGUAGGCAUCUGGAGCGCAUUACUAGCAGCAAGUUGGGCCUGUUUCACGAUCAGACAGCGUCCCUGGUGCAGUUUGGAACAGAAAAGGAAAGAUGCACACCUUCUGGGUGCGUUUGAAUGCAGUAGUCUUCUUUGGUUUUACAGUUUUGCUCUGCCUGGCAGUGUUGACUGCCUUCAGGUCUUGAGCCAGGUCGUCGUGUGGGACCGCAUCAUUGAGAGAAAAGAAGAUGCUGUGCUGAACUUGGAAGCCGAAUUUUUGGAUUACCCGCUUCGAGAUCCAGCGGUAGAGCUACGAAACAAGAACAUCACCCUCCGCCUUGUGUGGGACCACAUGCCUUUGACCGGUACCCUCUUCAUGCGAUCGGAUCUUGUCAACUCUACCAUCCUACCAGAUCAAUACACAUAGCGGACUAGUGUGUUGACCCGGGCCACGUUGUGAGUGCGCAAUGACUUUUUUAAAACAGCAGGAAUGGUACAGGGGGAUAAACGACAUAGGAACGACGACUGGGGUUAUAGGCUCGUUUGACGGAGGGCGAGGAAAAAGGAGAACUUGGACAACCAACCUCCCCUUCUUUUCUCAAAUGUAAUAAAUGCAAAGACAAAGCACGCGCAUCCUAGCGACUACAAACCCGAAUCAUCUGAAUCAGUUAAAGAGACGCGUACACGCCCGUAUGUGUGGGUAAAGAAAGGACUUUGGAGGCAAAUAAGCGGCCGGUUUACGAA